ACAGGAGGGUAGCAUUGGCCAUGAUAUGGUAAUAAAACCAUUGCCUCAUGAAUUAAAUCCACAACCGGAAGCAUCACAUCAUCAUGUUGUAUAUAAACGCAGUGUCGAUCAAAUGGAACAUUUAAGUGAUUUUGCCUAUAUGGAACCCGAUGAUAUGGCAACCCAUGAAAAAUUGGAAAAACUGCAGGAGAGACAAAAACGUUCCGCACAUUUUAAUACCCUAGCCGAUAUUGAAGAGGAACAAGAAGAGCUGGAAGCAGAAGACGGCAUCAACUUUGAUGAACAUUCCACACACAAGAGGGCCAAGCGACAUGCACCCUAUAUGAUCUAUCCUGAAGUAUUAGUUAUUGUUGACUACGAUGGUUAUCGUCUGCAUGGCGGUGAUAAUUUACAGGUGAAACGUUAUUUCAUUGCCUUCUGGAAUGGUGUUGAUUUGAGAUAUCGUCUGCUGAAAGAACCAAAAAUACGUGUCAGCAUUGCGGGUAUUAUUAUUUCAAGGGGCCGUGAUGCCACACCAUAUUUGGAAAGAAAUCGUGUUGGACGUGAUGCAAUCGAUUCGGCAGCAGCCUUAACAGAUAUGGGUAAAUAUUUAUUCCGUGAAAGACGUUUGCCGGUUUACGACAUUGCUGUGGCCAUAACCAAACUUGAUAUGUGCAGACGUGAAGCUGGUGCUCGUGAUUGUAAUCGUGGUACAGCAG